GCAGCCCCGCAGGUGUCCCGCGGCCCGGGCGCGCACCGCAGGAAAGGAACCACAGCCACGGGGAUCCCGGGAGCCGUUUCCUUUGUCACGCUGCGGCAUGCACGAGAGACAGUCAGAGAGAGAGAGAGCCAGCUAGCCAGUUGAACAGAAGAACCUUAAAUCCCACCUGCAACCAUGUAUGGUGGGUUUAAUAUAUGGGCUAUAACCCCAGAGGAGAGAGGGAAACAUGAUAAACAGUUUGACUCUCUCACUCCCACGCUGGGAUAUGUGUCAGGAGAUCAAGCACGCAACUUCUUUCUGCAGUCUGGACUUCCUGCUUCAGUACUAGCAGAGAUCUGGGCACUGGCGGACACAGGAGGCGAUGGUAGGAUGGACAGAUUAGAGUUCUCUAUCGCCAUGAAGCUCAUUAAACUCCAGCUCCAAGGCCACCCCCUCCCAUCCUCUCUGCCAACCAUCAUGAAGCAGACGCCAGCCCCUGCGAUGACGUCAUCGGCACGCUUCGGUAUGGGGUCAAUGCCAAACCUGUCUGCCAUGCCAACGAUGCCGAUAAGGACACCUAUGCCCCUCGGCUCCUCUGUGAACUCCGUGAUCUCUCUGACCUCUAUGACCUCUAUGACCUCUCUGACCUCUAUGACCUCUCUGCCAGCUGUGCUGCCUGCUCCACUGAUCCCUGACUCCUUCAGUACGCCAGCCUUACCCACCGGCACUGGGACUGCUCUCACUACUACACCAGCACCCCCACCUUCUACAUGUUUGAGUAAAUCUCACUCUCUCCUGGAUCUGGCAUCCAGCAGCUCCAACUCCUCCUCUACCACCUCCUUGGCGAGUAACUCUCCCAAAACCAGCGCGUCUGAUUGGGCGGUGCCUCAGUCGUCCCGCCUCAAAUACCGCCAGCAGUUCAACGGCCUGGACAAGCUGAUGAGCGGAUAUCUGUCAGGUCCUCAGGUUAGAAAUGCCCUAAGUGGUUCUAACCUCACACAGACUCAACUCGCCACGAUAUGGACUCUAGCAGAUGUAGAUGGAGACGGUCAGCUGCGAGCGGAGGAGUUUGUUCUAGCUAUGCAUCUGGUGGACAUGGCUAAGACAGGCCAGCCCUUACCGCUCACCCUCCCUAUUGACCUUGUGCCCCCAUCCUUCAGAACUGGGAAGUCUUGUGACCUGCUAAAUGGCACUGUUCCCACAGUCAGCACUGAACUCAUUGAACUAGAACUUCAACAGAAAAAUAAGAGCAACGUAUCGUUCGAGGACAGGCUGAAGGAGAACUUUCAGAGGGGCAGCGCCGAGCUGCAGAAACGCCGCCUGGCGCUGCAGGAGGACCAGGAGAGGGAGCAGGAGAGGAGGCGCGAGGAGGAGAGGAGGCAGCGUAGGGAGCAGGAGGAGCAGGAGCGGCGGGAGAGGGAGGCACGUGAGGCUGCCCUACUCAGGCAGAGGGAGGCGGAGAGGAGGAGAGAGGAGGAGCGGCUGAAGGAGCUCGAGAGGCAGGAGGCCGAGGAGCGGCGGAGGCGCGCAGAGCAGGAGGAGAACAUGCGCCGGAGACUGCAGGCUCAGAGGGAGGCGCAGCAGGAGGAACUUGAAGGACUCGCCAGCAGGAAGAGGAGUCUGGAGAUGGAGCUGGAGGCUGUGGGCAACAAGCACAAGCAUAUCUCUGACUGUCUCCGGGAUGCCCAGAGCAAGAGGCGUGUCCAGAGGGCGGAGUUAGACCUCGUCAACCAGAUGAGGGACAGUCGCAUCGCAGACAUCAACUCUCUGCAGCUGCAGUUUGAGGACGUUCAGCGGCAGCUCAGCAGUCUGACUCCCGAGAGGAAGAGGCUGACAGGAAAACUGAGAGCACUCAAGCAGGCGGACACGAACCGUGCCACGGCCAGCGACGUGAAGACCAGCAUACGCGAGAGAGACGUGACCUGCAGGAAGCUGAAGGAGCAGCUGGAUUCCCUGGAGAGGGAGACAACCGGCAAGCUCUCGGAGAUGGAACGCUACAGCCAGGACGUGAAGUUAGCAGAGAUGGACGACUUGACGCUGCAAGGGCUCCUCUCUUUGCUGGGCUGCCUAACCCAUCUCUUCCGUCUAAUAAAGGAGCUGAGGGAGCGGCAGGGGCAGCAGCAGGCUGUGCUGGAGCAGCUCAGCAGGGUGAAGGCAGAGAAGCUGAAAGAGCUGCAGAGGCGCAGGCUAGAGGAGGAGGAGAGGAGAGAAGAAGAGACAGCCAGACAGGCCAAGCUGGACCAGGAACAGCUGCAGAAGGCGGAGGCAGAGCGUCAGAGGAAGCUGUUGGAGGAGCGGGAGGCCAAACUCAGAGAGGAGCAGCAACUCCAGGCCCAGGCUCUGCUCCGCGAGGCCCAGGAGGAGGCCGCCCAGCAGGACAGGGAGGAGAAGAGGAGGGCGGAGGAGAGAGAGAGGGAGAGAGAGAAGGAGAAGAAGGAGGAGAAGGAGGAGAGGCAUGAACGAAGGAUGAGACCUGUGAACAGUGCAAGCACUGAUCUGCAGUCACAGCUGUCUGCACUGUUCAGCCGCAAAGCCACGGGAGCAGGUGUGCCACCUGAUGUCCAGGAAAAGAGUGUCAACCUAAUCACCUACCGAGCUCUGUACCCCUUCACCGCCCGCAACGCUGACGAGCUCUCGCUGAAGGCAGACUGCCUGAUCCUGGUGAAUGAGUCCCCCAUCAGGGAGCCAGGCUGGCUGUAUGGCAGUUACUGUGGUAACAGCGGCUGGUUUCCAGAGAGCUACGCAGAGAGGACCAGUGAAGACGACCCUCCAGCAGUGCCCGCGCACGUCACAGCGCCUUCUGCUGGCCACUCCAGGAUCCCGAGGGUGGAUAUAGAAGGACCAACACCCACACACACUCCUGCACUCACACACACGCAGCACACACAGGCGCGGGCUCUCUGUACUUGGACUGCUACCACCGAGAGCCACCUGGGCUUCAGUAAGGAUGACAUCAUCACGGUCGUGGAGCAGCAAGACAGCUGGUGGUUUGGGGAACUGCAGGGCAGGCGAGGAUGGUUCCCCCAAACCUUCGUCUCCCUGGUGACCACCAACACACACUCAGAGCCUUUGUAUUCAACUGUUGAUGAGUUGGACCUGCCAGAUCCUGGACUGCUUGAAGAGUACGUGGCACUGUACACCUAUGAGAGCCCAGAGACUGGAGAUUUGGCAUUCCAGGCUGAGGAUGUGGUCCUGGUGAUGGAACGAGACGGGGAGUGGUGGAGAGGCUGUAUCGGAGACCAGGCUGGACUCUUCCCAUCGAACUACGUCAAGCCCAAAGACUCCGACGCUGGCAGACUCAGCGCUUCUUGUCGUAAGACAGAGGUCGCCCAGGUAACCACAGCCUGCGUUGCCACGGCGGCAGAGCAGUUGAGCGUGAGCCCUGGUCAGCUGAUCGUGGUUCUCCAUAAGAACUCGUGUGGCUGGUGGCUGGGGGAACUGCAGGCUCGGGGGAAGAAGCGACAGAAGGGAUGGUUUCACUCCUCGAACGUUAAACUGCUAGAGCCCAACACUGGCAAAACGACUCCAGCACCGCAGCCAUUGUGUCAGGUCAUUGCCAUGUACGACUACAAAGCGGCCAACGGAGAUGAAAUGAGCUUCCUGAAAGGUCAGCUGAUCAACGUCCUCAACAAGGAUGAUUCUGAUUGGUGGAAAGGAGAGGUUAAUGGGAUCACAGGACUCUUCCCAACCAAUUACGUGAAGAUGACCACAGAAUCCGACCCCAGCCAGCAAUGGUGUGCAGAUUUGCUGAGCUUAGACUCUAUGAAUCCAGAGGAGAGGAAGAGACAAGGUUACAUCCAUGAACUCAUCCAGACAGAGCAGACAUAUGUACAGGACCUAGAGCUGGUGAUGGAGGUGUUCUAUAAACCAAUGGCAGAGUCAGGCUGGCUGACUGAGGCUGAGAUGUGUGUUAUCUUUGUGAACUGGAGAGAGCUGAUCAUGUGCAAUACCAAACUGCUCAAGGCCCUACACGUGCGUAAGAAGGCGGGAGGAGAGCGAAUGCCCGUGCAGGUGAUCGGUGACGUCCUGUCGUCCGAGCUGCCUCACAUGCAGGCUUACGUGCACUUCUGCAGCUGCCAACUCAACGGCGCCGCCCUUCUGCAGCGGAGGACCGACGCCUCCGACGACUUCAAGCUCUUCCUGAAGAAGCUCGCCACUAAUCACCUGUGCAGGGGUAUGCCUCUGUGUAGCUUCCUACUCAAACCCAUGCAGAGGAUCACACGCUACCCGCUCCUGAUCAGAAACAUUUUGGAGAACACUCCUGCCGGCCACUUGGACCAGGCCAACCUGCGGGAGGCACUAGAGAGAGCUGAGGAUCUGUGCUUGCAGGUCAACGAGGGUGUGAGGCAGAAGGAGAACUCGGACCGGCUGGAGUGGCUCCAGAACCACGUGCAGUGUGAGGGGGUCAUCGAGUACCUGGUCUUUAACUCCCUGACCAACUGCCUGGGUCCUCGGAAGCUCCUGCACAGCGGCCGUGUCUGGAAGACCAAGAGCAGCAGGGAGCUGUGGGUCUUCCUCUUCAGUGACUUCCUCCUGCUCACUCAAACCUCCAAGCAGCUGGUGUCCAGCAGUGACAGGCUCUUCAGUCCCACGUCCAGCGCAGUCUACAAGCUCUACAAACUGCCUUUGUUCCUGAAUGAAGUAUUAGUUAAAAUGCCAUCUGACCCAUCCAGUGAUGACCCAAUAUUCCACAUCUCACACAUUGACCGCGUAUACACACUCAAAGCUGACAGCAUCAAUGAGAGGACCACAUGGGUUCAGCGAAUCAAAGCAGCUUCAGAACAUUUCAUUGAGACGGAGAAACUGAAGAGGGAGAAGGCGUACCAAGCUCGGUCGCAGAAAACAAGUGGAAUUGGACGUUUAUUAGUAACAGUACAGGAAGCCAUUGAGCUGAAACCCUGCAAGCCUAACGGGAAGAGUGCUCCCUACUGCGAGUUGUCCAUGGGCGCCCAGUGCUACACCUCUCGGCCUCACAGACACGCCGUCAACCCCAAGUGGAACUUCAGUUGUCACUUCUUCAUCAAGGACGUGUACCAGGACGUCCUGUGCCUCACGGUCUUUGAACGGGACCGGUUCUCCCCUGACGACUUUCUCGGCCGCACCGAGGUUCCCGUGGCGACCAUAAAGAAGGAGCAGGACCGACACGGGCCGUUGGUGCAACGGCUGCUGCUCCACGAGGUCCCGACGGGAGAGGUCAGAGUUCGCCUCGAUCUCCAGCUCUAUGAACAGGCGCUUCCCCUCUGACCUUCGGACUUCGUUCCGCCACGUUCGGCCCCUCAGCUCCGGACCGAGGUGACUUUCCGCGAUACGCCGUCCUGGAAUUCUGACACGUUUGUUCGCAAUGUUUCCGAACUUCGCCUCAGACGUCUACACAACUCUUCCCAAAAACUGGUGUGUGCUAGUCGUAGCAAAAAAUCUUUUUUUUCGCAUUGAUGCAAAAGUCGCAGUUAAUUUUAAAAAGACUGAGUGCAUGCAGACAACUGCAGUUUAGGAUUCAUAUGAGCUCAUGUGCUAAUGUGAUGCAAGUGAGAUAGAAAAUAAAAUAAAAUCUGUCACCACUUGGCUGUUGUGAGCCUUUAUGUUUUGAAACUCUUCCUCCUGUGGUCUUCGCCGGAGUGUUUAAACUGUAAUUAUUUGUUUAGCAGUUACAGUGUAUGC